AUGGGGGAUGAAGAGGUAAAGGGAGAUGGGAGAAAGAGGAGUGAGAGACCCAUCCUACUAUUUCUCGCCUGCCUCCUACCCCUCGUGCACGCGGACUACCCGUGUGUAUGCAACUACAAUGUUGAGGCUGGUGUGUAUGACCAGCAAAGCACAAGCGGUCAACCUAUUGGAUAUUUGUACGAGUUCGACUGCAAACCAGAAACUGAAGCGUCUGAUAAUGACAACUUUAUUCAGAUUAUGUUCGAACAUAAGCUUGGCUAUUUGGAAAAGAACGAUCAAGUUCAGUCACAAGUUUGUCCAGGCCAGAUACCUCCUACCGAUCUAGUGGCUACAACAACGACAGCACCUGUAGUAACAACAACCACAAUGAGAACAACUUCAACCACCACAAGAGCUCAGACAACAGCAACAACUAGCACAACAACUCGGCCGAUAUCAACAACUACGACUCCGAAACCAGUUACCUCUACAACAACAAGAUCUUCUACUUCCACUUCAACGACCACUACACCAACAACGACAACGACUACACCAACAACCACUCGUCCGUCAUUAACUCUUACCCCAUCUUCUCGUCCCACAACUACAACUUCUACUACAACAAUGCGCUCCAGUACGGAACAUACAACAACAACAACUUCAAAACCGGCAACCUCAGUUUUAGUCGAAGGUCACAUAGAGCUAUGCCCCGACCAUGUAAGGAAUGACUUGAGCAUCUUCAAGGGUUUCCUUGGUCAAUACGGAGAUUACUGCUUUGAACUGGUCGAUGUCAAAACACAGUGGCACAACGCUCAAAGACAUUGCACAGUUGCAGGAAAUGGCUUCCUUACUCACGUGACAAACCAGCAGGAACAGGAUUACUUUCUCCGCUUUCUUUCUAACCACACCUACGUGGAAUCCAUAUGGCUGGGCUUGACCGACUCCGAACAAGAAGGAGCAACGGCAGAGGGAAAGUGGACGUGGAUUUCUGGAGACCCAGUAACGUUUACGAAAUUCGGACCUGACUUCAACACACAGACAGCUAAUGACCACAAACUCCACGACUGUGUGAUAAUGAAGAACGGUGGCGAAUGGACAGAUGUCCCCUGUGGUGUGUCCCUCCUUGUCGGGACCGGGUUCGGGGAGUCACAUCCUUUCAUCUGCCAAUACAAUGUCACUUCAAAACCACCGAACCUUUUCAACCACUUAACAGAUGCCAUCAUCGGCUAG